GCCUACCCAUGGAAGUGCCCAUGUGGCUGGGCAUCAACCUCCGCCAGCGAGGUAAAUGUCGACUGAUUCUGCCUGAGUGGAUGGAUGUUGCAAAGCUAACAGAGAAGAAAGAAGAGGAGAGCCAGUCUAAGGUAUUCACAGAGAUGCCAUGCCAACACUACCUCGUGGUGGCACAGUUGAUGUUGUCAGCAGCACCAGAGGACAUACCUAGUUCUCAGCAAGUGAAGACCCUUGUCAAGGACAUCUGGGACCUGAGGAUUUCUAAACUACGAUCCUCUGUGGCAGAGUUCAUCCAGAGUGAAGGUACUCAUGCAAAGCUGGACCGCUUAACACUGCUGGAAAUCAACAGUGUACGACCCUUCCUGCCUCACGCCUUCGACCACCUGCAUCGCCUCUCCAGAGCUGCUCACACCACCAAUCUCAACCAAACUCAAGACUUGUGACCACCUCCAUCACACACAAAUAAAUAAAUAAAUAUA